CGUCAAUCCUACGUCUACACAGCAUAGUAUAUGAUAAACAAAAUAUAAAGGAGAAAGUUUAUCGAAGAAGACGACUCUUUGGAAGAGAGAGAGACAAAGCACUGCCUUGUAGCUUCCGACACCCGCUCUGUAAUUGGACUCCGAGGCUCUGUUCUCUUUCCUUGCACUAACUUGGGGUUUUCGUUGUUGUGAUAAUAUGAGUAUUGCCGGCUCUUCUCUGGGUUCUGGUGGUAGAAAUGUUAAAAGGGCAUUUGAAUUUGGGCGGACAUCUGUUGUGAGGCCCAAAGGCAAACACCAGGCAACUAUAGUAUGGCUACAUGGCCUUGGUGAUAAUGGUAACAGCUGGUCCCAGCUCCUGGAGACCCUCCCUCUUCCAAAUAUCAAAUGGAUUUGCCCAACUGCUCCUACUCAACCAAUAACUUUAUUUGGUGGCUUUCCUUCAACUGCUUGGAUUGAUGUAAGUGAACUUUCGGAAAAUGCUAUUGAUGAUUUGGAGGGUUUGGAUGCUUCAGCAGCAUAUGUUGCAAGUUUGUUGUCUACAGAGCCCCCUGAGAUCAAACUCGGUGUUGGUGGCUUCAGUAUGGGUGCAGCAACCGCCUUGUACUCUGCUACUUGCUAUGCUCAAGGAAAAUACAACAAUGGCAACCCAUACCCUGCCAAUUUGAGUGCAGUUGUCGGACUAAGUGGCUGGCUUCCAUGUUCAAAGGACCUAAGUAGCAAAAUAGAAGGGGUAGAUGAGGCUGCAAGGCGCGCUGCAUCCUUGCCCAUUUCACUUUGUCAUGGCAGAGGAGACGACAUAGUUCCCUUUACAUUUGGUCAGAAAUCUUAUCAGAAGGUGAUUUCAUCUGGCUUUCGAGAUGUGACAUUCAAAGCUUAUGAUGCCCUCGGCCAUUAUACAAUUCCCGAAGAGAUAAAUGAGGUCUGUGCUUGGCUGACUUCAAAACUGGGGCUUGAGGGGCAGUCUUAAAUUGGCACAAAAAGCAAGUUCUCUACAAUGAGAGAGAGAGUGAGAGUGAGAGUGAGAGAUUAAUGCUUAAUUUAUCUGUAGUAGCAAGAAUUAUAAUGGGUUGCUAAACUAGUUCAGGAUGGCAGAUAAAUGUUAAGGUGUCCUAUUUAUGUACUGUAUUGAUCUUGUGUUUUGAUAGAUUUUCUUGUUCUACUGGUUGGCACUGACGGUUACUGCAUUUGUGGAUGUAAAAAACAGUGCUUCGGUUCACUCUUGAAUUCAUUUCUUGUGGCAGUGAAUAUGAAUCUGCUUUGUCAUGCUAGCCUCGUUCAAACUA